AAGAUGCAAAUCUUUGUGAAGACCCUGAUGGGCAAGACCAUUGCCCUCGAGGCUGAGCUCAGUGACACCAUCGAGAAUGUCAAGGCCAAGAUCCAAGACAAGGAAGGCAUCUGGCCUGACCAGCAGCAGCUGAUGUUCCUCAGCAAGCAACUGGAGGAUGGCUGCACUCUCUCCGACUACAGCAUCCAGAAAGGUUCCACCCUGCCCCUGGUGCUGUGCCUGCAAGGUGGCAUCAUCAAGCCCUCCCUCUAUCAACAGUACAACUGUGACAAGAUGAUCUGCCCCAAGUCCUAUGCUCAUCUGCACCCCCAUGCUGUGAACUGUUUUAAGAAGUGUGGCCACACCGACAAUCUUCGCUCUAAGAAGGUGGUAGCACAGGCUGAUUUUGAACUCACGAUGGCCCUCCUGCUUCAACCUGCCAAGUUCUGA